GCCCCACUUCCGCCCUCGUGUUGCGUGUGCUUGGAGAUCGGGCGCCGUCCGGUCCGUCCUUCCCGCGCUCGCCUCCCGGGCUCCCGCCUCCUCCCGUGACCGCUGCCAGGAGCUCCGGCCUCGUCCUGCCGCCGCGAUGCUCGUUCUGUUCGAGACCGCGGCUGGCUAUGCCAUCUUCAAGGUUCUGGAUGAGAAGAAGCUCCAAGAAAUUGAUAGUUUAUGGAAGGAGUUUGAAACACCCGAAAAAGCAAAUAAAAUCGUGAAACUGAAACACUUUGAGAAGUUUCAAGAUACAACAGAAGCUCUUGCAGCAUCCACAGCCCUAGUGGAAGGCAAAAUCAGCAAGAACCUGAAGAAAAUCUUAAAGAAGAUAGUAGCCAAAGAUGCCCACGAACAGUUGGCUGUAUCAGAUGCCAAGCUGGGAGGUGUAAUAAAGGACAAGCUGAAUUUAAGUUGUAUCCACAGUCCGAUGGUUACUGAACUGAUGAGAGGCAUCCGUACCCAAAUGGAAGGGCUUCUCACUGGCCUUCCAUCGCGGGAGAUGGCAGCAAUGUGUUUAGGAUUGGCACACAGCCUUUCGCGAUACAAGCUGAAGUUCAGCCCAGACAAAGUCGAUACAAUGAUUGUCCAAGCAAUCUCCCUGCUUGAUGACUUGGACAAAGAACUGAAUAAUUAUAUCAUGCGCUGUAGAGAAUGGUAUGGUUGGCACUUCCCUGAACUGGGCAAAAUUAUCACCGAUAAUCUAACAUACUGCAAAUGCGUGCGGAAAAUUGGAGAUAGAAAAAACUUCUCCUGUUCUGAUCUGUCUGAGGUCCUUCCUGAGGAAGUUGAAGAGGACGUGAAAGCAGCUGCCGAGAUCUCCAUGGGGACAGAAGUGUCGGAAGAAGAUAUAAGUAACAUACAGCACCUCUGUGACCAGGUGAUCGAGAUCUCGGACUAUCGUGCGCAACUCUAUGAUUAUCUAAAAAACAGAAUGAUGGCCAUUGCACCUAACCUCACAGUCAUGGUGGGAGAGCUGGUAGGAGCAAGGCUUAUUGCUCAUGCAGGCUCCCUGUUGAAUCUGGCGAAGCAUCCCGCCUCCACUGUUCAGAUUUUGGGUGCUGAGAAAGCCCUCUUCAGAGCACUGAAGACUAAGCGUGACACCCCCAAGUUUGGUCUGAUCUAUCAUGCUUCCCUCGUGGGGCAGACAACCGCGAAAAACAAAGGAAAGAUCUCUCGGAUGCUAGCAGCUAAAACGGCCUUGACGAUUCGUUACGAUGCCCUCGGAGACAGCACCAGCGCGGAGAUGGGAGCGGAAAACAGAUUGAAAGUGGAAACAAGGCUACGGCACUUGGAGGAGAAAGGGAUAAGACGAAUAAGUGGCACCGGAAAAGCCAUGGCCAGGGCAGACAAAUAUCAGCAUAAGAGUGAAGUGAAGACGUACGACCCUUCUGGGGAGUCUACGCUCCCCCUGGUCCCAAGGAAGCGAAAAGCAAUGGAAGAAGAAGAGCCGGUAGUUCCAGCAAAAACAAAGAAGACUAAAGUAGUAGAAAUCAAAGAAGAGGAGGAGGAGGAGGAAGAAGAACAGCAAGAGCAAGAAGACAGUGAACGCGUCAAAAAGAAGAAGAAGAAAAAGAAGGAGAAAAAACAGAAAGCUCAAGAAGAGGACGUUUGGGUGGAAGAAGAGGAAGAACCAUCAACGAGCUCAGCGGUGGAGAGUACAGAAAAGAAGAAGAAGAAAAAGAAAAAAAUUAAAGUGGAACCAGAAGAUGAAGAUUAAGAAGAGGAAAGCAGAGUUUCCUUGGAUGGCUUGCAUCACAUUUGUGUUUCCUGGGACAUUUGCUUCAGAACUACAUUUUGGUCCAUGUUUCAGCAAGAAUGAGGAAUUCCAUAUGCUCUCCUUGGGACCUUUAAAAAAAUGUUCCUUUCUUUAGCUUAGCCUCUUAGUUUUAACCACUGGCCUGUUAGUAAUUUUUUUAGUUGGAUUUUUUGUGUUAAUAUUACUGUAAACUCCUUUUGGAUGCUGACGUAUAACCCAAAAAGCAAUAUAUAAAUGUUUUGAAAUCGGUAAAUAACUUUUCAGUGGCAGGGUUCCUUCCUGCAGGACUUUGGGUCUGAAUAAAAAUACUACUUUUGUA